UGUAACACAAUCGCGGAAGAAGCUGUUCCGUCAAAUUCCCAAGCGCCGCUCCUCUGAAGCACCCAGAGACAGGAGAGCUCUGGUAAUUAUCGGUGCAUGACUUCAAUAGAAAGCAGUUUGUAUACGCACCGCAAUUUGCGGCUGUUUUGUUCGCUCUGAUUUGAACCAAAUAAAUCAGUAGCUGUUAAUAUCCUCAUUUCACCCAUGUUUCUGAACAUUAUGUUGUUAUCAUAGUCUACGCGGCCUAAUGAAACUAUAGCAGAAGUCACGUUGUCCCUUGAAUACCCACUGGUGGCGGUGCGAAAACUGAAGUGUGCUGCGCUGAUUAGUGACGUGGAAUAAAAGAGGAUUCCAGUGGCCUAUCGGCUGUCAAUUACGUGUAUUGAUCCGGUUGACAGUUUUGUUGCCCUCCUUUUCUGACCCUCUCCUGCCUUCGACAGAGGGACAGGGGUGCUGUGGGUGAGGAGAAGAUGUAUCAACCAUUAGUAGAUGUUGAUGGGUUCAGGUUCACUCCUCUGGUGGUGCUGGAGCUGGCCUCGGACACCAAGGAGGAAGCUAUCACAUGGCUACUACACCGAAUAAAAGACACACAACAAAAUGGAGGUGCGGAGCUGCUGGUGGAGCAGCUGAGCCCUGCGGCUGUGGUCUCUGGGAAGGACAACCCCAACCUGUACCUGGUGGGGGCCUCCUGGCAGAGGCUGCUGUCCGGGGCCGAGGAUCUGGGCCUCUUCAAGGAGUUCAAUGAUGGCUCCAUGAGGGUCUUCACCUACACCAACAAGCACAACUUCAAAGACUUUAAAGGAGAUGGGGAUGGGUUCCUUAGCAUGGCUGAGUGUCAGUUUGUCAUAAAACAUGAGCUUGACACACUGAGAGCCAAGGACGAUACACACGUACCAGGAUACAGCCAUGCCAAACUCUACCCAGGAAAAUCCAUCAUUCGCAGACUGCAGUCGAAGGGGAUUCUAAUUCAGGUGUUUCCUCUCCAUGAGAGGGAGGAACUGAAGAGACUUUCUUUCUCUUGGUACCAGAAGGUGAAACUGUCCUUCCAGCCGCUCAAUGACAUCAGGCAUUAUUAUGGUGAGGGCCUGGCGCUGUACUUUGGUUUCCUGGAGUACUUCACCUUUGCCCUGAUUCCCAUGGCUCUCAUCGGUCUGCCUUACUAUCUGUUUGACUGGGAGAACUACGAUAAAUAUAUUGUCUUUGCUUUCUUCAACUUGUUGUGGUGCACAGUUAUUCUUGAGGUAUGGAAGCGGUAUAGCGCCACAUUAGCCUACAGCUGGGGCACACUGAGCAGGAAGAAGGCCUUUGAAGAGCCUCGGCCCGGUUUCCAUGGGGUCCUGGGGUUCAACCCCGUGACAGGCCGCAAGGAACCUCUCUAUCCCAACGCCAAGCGACUACUUCGCAUUUACCUCGUCUCUGUGCCCUUUGUCCUACUUUGUCUCUACCUGUCAUUCUAUGUCAUGAUGAUCUACUUUGAGAUGGAGGGAUGGGCGCUGACUAUCUACAGUGAGGACCCCACCUUCUGGACAGGAAUAUUGCUGUUCAUCCCCAGUAUUAUCUAUGCUGUGGUGAUAGAGGUCAUGAACCUGAUUUACAGAUAUGCUGCUGAGUUUCUCACUGAGUGGGAAAAUCACAGGCUUGAGUCUUCUUAUCAAAAUCACUUAGUCCUUAAAGUGUUGGUGUUCAACUUCUUUAACUGUUUCGCCUCGCUGUUCUACAUAGCCUUUGUGAUGCAAGACAUGGUGCUGCUCAGACAGAGUCUGGCCACCCUGCUGAUUACAAGUCAGAUACUGAACCAGAUCAUGGAGGCCUUUUUGCCCUACUGGCUACAGAGGAGACGCAACAAGAAGAUGAUGCGCAAAUCGCAGAAGAGGAAGACCCUGGAUGACAAGGAGCUGCCUUUAGUGGACCAAGCAAGGCUGGAGGCUGAAAUGGCCGCAUACCUGGGUACAUUUGAUGACUACCUGGAGUUGUUCUUGCUGUUUGGUUACGUCAGCCUGUUCUCCUGCGUUUAUCCACUAGCUGCCAUCCUGGUGGUGCUAAACAACAUCACCGAGGUGUACUCAGAUGCCUUCAAGAUGUGCCGCGUGUUCAAACGACCCUUCUCUGACCCUGCAGCCAACAUUGGGGUCUGGCAGCUUGCUUUUGAGACCAUGAGUGUGAUAGCGGUGGUGACCAACUGUGCACUGAUCAGCAUAUCUCCACAAGCCAAGGCUUAUUUCCCUGAAUCGGAAACACAGCUGAUAUUCUACACGGUGGCCAUUGAGCAUGGGCUCCUGGCCCUCAAGUUCAUCCUGACCUUUGUGAUCCCAGACAUCCCCAAACCCAUCCAGAUCAAACUGGCUCGCCUGGAGUUUGAAUCCUUGGAAGCCCUCAAGAAAAAGAAAAUGCUGGAAGCCACGGAGCUCACUGAGACUGUCCAGUGAGGAGGAGCGGAAGGGACAGCUGUACAGAUACUGACCACUGAGAAACAAUUCGCAUGGUUUCAACAAAUCAACUGUUUACAUCACUUUGCAGAGAAGUGGCUUUGUCUUACUUACCUGAAUUUUUCAUCACAGGAUGUGCCGUGUUAAAUGUACCUGCAAUGUCUUCAUUGCAUUGCUUUAGUUAGUGAGUUAAUGCUGGAAAUAAGUGUAAUUGUUGCCGUUAUGUUUGCUUGCAAUAGAAUACUGUUGUUCUCAGCUGACUACUGUUUUAAGCAAAUGGCUGUGUACCAAAUGUAUUCUGAUGGGUCUGUAAACUGCAGUCAGACUUUGUCUGAGAGUACUGUACUCUAAAUAUUAUGUUAGUUGGCUAUUGGUGAAGGUGUUGGAAAGGACAGCUAUGAGGCUAGAAUAAGUAUUCAGAUAUAAUUGGGAUAUGUAAACUCUGUGGCUCUAGGUAAGCCAAAUACAUCAUACAUCUGAGACCGUUAGUUUUUCCACAUUAUAAAUUCUAUCUAUUACUAAAGCCACUUUCGGGUAGGGUGGAUAAUCACAUUUGUAUUAUAUUAUUAUUGCAUGGUGUUAUACUCACUUUGUCUCAAAUGCUUAAGCAUUUGUGAUAUACCCAGCAAUUAGCGCAAUUGCAAAUGAAGUACAAGGGAUGAUGGGUUUACAGCGUAAACGCCUCUCCAGCACUGCACCCACCCAACGCUCUACCACAAGUGUUACUGUGGCAACUGACAGCAUCCAUCAUAUAGUACCUGAGACCAUCUUCAAAAUGGAGGACUUCAAACAUUGCUUUUUUUGUGUCUCAGAAAUUUUAGAGCAAUUCUUUCACUCCACAAACAGUAUUCAAGAGUUUGCUCAAUCAAGCUAAGCCAACUAUUGAUGCAUGGUCUAUUACCCAUGCAGUGGUCAGUAAACUGAUGACCAGCACUGAUACUGAAAGGCAUGUGCUUUAUGAUGCAUGCUAAAGCACAUUAAAGAGUUGAGAAAAAUUAAAUAGCAACAUAUUUAUGUCACAAGGUGGCUGUCAGAUAUUUACUGUCAGACUUUUAUCAGUGUUUGUGCUUCCAGUAUGUUAUUUAAUAACUUUUUAAAGACCAUGCACUCCUAACACCCCUUUGUGCCUUGAAAUGCAAUGCCUUUUAGCAACUUUGUUUUGUACACCAUACAUGAAUACACCAGAGACUGCUGGUAUUUGCAUUACCAAGUAUACUGAAACUGCUGCAGGGUGUAAAGUUAUGAGUAAGCAAUCUGAUCUGGAACUGUUGGCUCAAAUAAAUCUGUAUACA